AUGCUAAGAUCACUUCUUACAAGAGCAAUGUCCACAAAAGCUUCCCCCUACAAGGCCAGAGUAACUGCAAUUGAACCUUUGCAACAAGGCAAAUGGAUUCAAACGAGAAAGAUCGAGUACAAUGACCCCAAUGGGAAACCCAAGCAAUGGGAAAUGGCUGUGAGAACCACUAGGACAGAUACCACAAACGUCGACGCAGUAUCCAUUGUUUCUGUCCUACACCACGAAAACAAGGCUAAGGAGUUGGUCUUGGUUAAACAAUUCCGCCCACCUUGUGAAAAAGUGAUGAUCGAAAUGCCAGCCGGUUUGGUGGAUCCCAAGGAAACGAUAGAAACAACAGCGGUUAGAGAGCUACUUGAAGAAACAGGUUACCACGGCACAUUCCGUAAGCAGUCCCUGAUUAUGUUUAGUGACCCGGGAUUAACCAAUGCCAACAUGGUUUUGGCUCAUGUUGAUAUCGACUUGAAAGACCCCAAGAAUCAGAACCCAGUGCCACAAUUGGAAGAAAAUGAGUUUAUAGAGACGUUUACUCUUCCCUUGGAGAACUUGUUGGAAGAAAUGGAAAACAUCUGUGAAAAGGAAGGUUGUUCGGUUGAUGCGAGGUUGUACCAUUUUGCCAAGGGUAUACAAUUGGCGAGAGCUUUUCAAUUGUGA